UCGAGAGACCGAAGCGUACGUCGAGAAGUAGCAAGUAGUUUUGGCUAUGUAGUGGUCUGUUCUUUUUCGCUGCACUGCUACACUGGUGCAACAAGUUAGAAUGAGAAAAAAUAUAUUUGUCUCACUUUAACUUAUUGCACCAGUGCAUCAGUACAGCUAAAAAGAACAGGCUUAGGUUAUGUUGUCAGAGUCGUAUGGAUCGUGUGCAACUGUAUAUAAACCACAUUAUUUAAAUAUGAUAUUAGAACGUAAUAUUAGGUAGUUUAUGAGUGGCAGUCGGUUAUACCAAGCAAUUACCUCAACAUUUAAUUUUGUGCGAGAAAUAAUAAUAUUUACAAUAUGGAUGAGCAAGCGUGUCCGCGGUGUAAAACCACCAAAUACCGAAACCCAUCGUUGAAGAUGAUGGUGAACGUCUGCGGUCAUACGUUAUGCGAAAACUGCGUGGAUCUGCUCUUUCUAAAAGGCUCCGGAUCCUGUCCAGAAUGCAAGAUUCCACUGAGGAGAACAAACUUCAGAGUUCAAAUGUUCGAGGAUUCCAUGGUUGAGAAGGAGAUGAAUAUAAGGAAACGUAUCCUACGAGAUUUCAAUAAGAAGGAAGAAGACUUUUCUACGUUAAGGGAAUACAAUGAUUAUUUAGAGGAAAUUGAGACUAUAAUAUAUAACCUGGCCAAUAAUAUUGACGUAGUUGAAACGAACAAGAAGAUAGAGCAGUACAAAAAGGAUAACAAGGAGCAAAUAGCAAAAAGUAAGUCAAAGCUUGGCAGAAACGAGUACGAGCUAGAAGAGAUAAUAGAACUGGAGAAGCAGAAGGAGGAAGAGAGGAGGAUAGAACUUGUGAAGGAGGAGAUCGAGACGAAGAAGAGAAAGAUUCGCGAGAAGGAGGCUCUGAUCGACGAGUUAACGUUCUCCGACUCUAAUGCCAAAAAUAUCGUUGAAUCCUUCGCCUCUGCAAUACAGACGCAGAAAAAGGAAGCAAAAACAGCUCUAUCGUCUACCGUUAGAGCAACUCAAUUUAGCACGGGAAUUAAAUUUGGUAAUCAGACAAAUCAGAACUACUUAUCGGUGCCAAAGAUAGAAGAGGGACCUCUCUACACUUACACGCCCAUUCGGCAGCAAAUAGAAGGCCCGUCGCCGCCCACCUGGCGAGAGCUUCAAGCUCGUGGAUACGUUUCCCAUAUACGUAACGAAUGUCAGGUCGAGAGAGCGGGAGGAUUCAGGGCGCACGUUGCAUGCCUACGAGCAUUACAGGAAGCGAUGGCUGGCCUGUACCACAAUCCUUCGCAACGACAAGCGGAAUUCGCGCCUGUAUGACGUAAAAUAUUUUCGAAUAACGAAUGUGAUACGUAUCCGUGUUUUCCCUAACUUUUUCAUGAUGCUAAAUAUUGCUUUAAGCUUCAGCUGUCGAAAUAAGAAUCAUUAUUUUGGUUUGUCACAUAAAAAAGAAAGUGUUAAUUUGUCAUGCAAUGACAGUGCCUUGAGUAUGAAUUGAUUCGUGUAUGAUGCAUUAUAGUUCAAAUUACCACUUCUGUCAUCAGAGAGCGUUGAUUUUCUGUUUUGUGUUAAAUGUAAAUAGAUUUCUCAUUUUUAAUAUAAUUUUAAUGUUUAUUACUUAAAGUAAAUUCCAUAUCGUUAUAUUUUGUGAUACGCAUUUCUUUGCGAUCAAAGAGAACAAAAAAUUUUUUUCCAUAAAAAUGGUUUAUGUUUUACUUAACAAAAACGCGAUGUAAAACAUCAACAUUGUUACAAAUGUCGAGAUAUUAUGUAAUAUAUGUAUAUAUGAAUAUAUAUUACAUAUAUCAUAAUAUAUAAUUCUGCAAAGAGGAAAAUAAACUUUUGUGAUUUGUAUGUCGGUGUUGUUUGCAUUGAAUUGAUUAUGUAUUUAUAAUUGUGCUUAGAAUUCAUCUCAAUUUGUCUCAAUUUGUAAUAAUUUGUCGUUAUUAUAGCUUAUAUAAAUCUAUGUUAUAGAUAUAAAAAAUACUUUUGUUAAA